AUGAGUGAAUCGAACAAGAUGCAGAUUUUCGUGAAGACUUUGACGGGCAAGACCAUCACAUUGGAGGUUGAACCCUCUGACACUAUAGAAAAUGUUAAAGCUAAGAUUCAAGACAAAGAAGGCAUUCCCCCAGACCAGCAAAGACUGAUCUUCGCAGGCAAACAACUUGAGGAUGGACGUACUCUUUCAGACUACAAUAUCCAGAAAGAGUCUACCCUGCACUUAGUGCUCCGUCUGCGUGGUGGUAUGCAGAUAUUUGUCAAGACCCUUACAGGCAAGACCAUCACUUUGGAAGUGGAGCCUUCUGACACCAUUGAGAAUGUUAAGGCGAAAAUCCAGGACAAAGAAGGCAUCCCCCCAGAUCAGCAGCGUCUUAUCUUUGCUGGCAAACAACUAGAAGACGGGCGCACCCUCUCAGAUUAUAACAUUCAAAAGGAGUCCACCCUUCACUUAGUACUGCGUUUGAGGGGAGGCAUGCAAAUCUUUGUGAAGACCUUGACAGGGAAGACUAUCACAUUAGAAGUGGAACCUUCAGACACAAUAGAAAAUGUUAAAGCCAAGAUCCAAGACAAAGAAGGUAUUCCCCCUGAUCAGCAGAGGUUGAUCUUUGCUGGUAAACAAUUAGAAGAUGGACGCACAUUAUCAGACUACAAUAUCCAAAAAGAAUCAACUCUUCACUUGGUGCUCCGCUUAAGAGGUGGUAUGCAAAUUUUUGUGAAGACUCUCACUGGCAAGACCAUCACUUUAGAAGUAGAACCCUCUGACACAAUUGAAAAUGUCAAGGCUAAAAUUCAAGAUAAAGAGGGUAUCCCACCAGACCAGCAGCGCUUAAUUUUUGCUGGUAAGCAGUUGGAAGAUGGACGAACUUUGUCAGAUUAUAACAUCCAGAAGGAAUCUACUCUUCACUUGGUAUUGCGUCUGCGAGGUGGUAUGCAGAUCUUUGUGAAGACCUUGACAGGGAAAACCAUCACAUUGGAGGUUGAGCCCUCAGACACAAUCGAGAAUGUUAAGGCCAAGAUCCAGGACAAGGAAGGCAUCCCCCCAGAUCAGCAACGUCUCAUCUUCGCCGGUAAGCAGUUGGAGGACGGCCGCACCUUGUCCGACUAUAACAUCCAGAAAGAGUCCACACUUCAUCUGGUGCUUCGUCUGCGAGGUGGUAUGCAAAUAUUCGUUAAAACUCUCACAGGAAAGACCAUCACCUUAGAGGUCGAGCCCUCAGACACAAUCGAGAACGUAAAGGCCAAGAUCCAGGACAAGGAAGGCAUCCCCCCAGAUCAGCAACGUUUGAUCUUCGCCGGCAAGCAGUUGGAAGAUGGACGCACUCUCUCUGACUACAACAUCCAGAAGGAAUCCACUCUUCACUUGGUAUUGCGUCUGCGAGGUGGUAUGCAGAUCUUCGUGAAGACCUUGACCGGGAAGACCAUCACAUUGGAGGUUGAGCCCUCUGACACGAUUGAGAAUGUGAAGGCCAAGAUCCAGGAUAAGGAGGGCAUCCCCCCAGACCAGCAACGUCUCAUCUUCGCUGGCAAGCAGCUGGAGGAUGGCCGCACCUUGUCCGACUACAACAUCCAGAAGGAAUCCACACUUCAUCUGGUCCUUCGUCUGCGAGGUGGUAUGCAGAUCUUCGUGAAGACGUUGACAGGCAAGACCAUCACAUUGGAGGUUGAGCCCUCUGACACAAUCGAGAAUGUAAAGGCCAAGAUCCAGGACAAGGAAGGCAUCCCACCAGACCAGCAACGUUUGAUCUUCGCCGGCAAGCAGUUGGAAGAUGGACGCACUCUCUCUGACUACAACAUCCAGAAGGAAUCCACUCUUCACUUGGUAUUGCGUCUGCGAGGUGGUAUGCAGAUCUUCGUAAAAACCCUGACAGGCAAGACCAUCACAUUGGAGGUUGAGCCCUCUGACACGAUUGAGAAUGUGAAGGCCAAGAUCCAGGACAAGGAAGGCAUCCCACCAGACCAGCAACGUCUCAUCUUCGCCGGCAAGCAGUUAGAGGAUGGCCGCACCUUGUCCGACUAUAACAUUCAAAAAGAGUCUACACUUCAUUUAGUAUUACGUCUGCGAGGUGGUAUGCAGAUCUUCGUGAAGACAUUGACAGGGAAAACCAUCACAUUGGAGGUCGAGCCCUCUGACACAAUCGAGAACGUGAAAGCAAAGAUCCAGGAUAAAGAAGGCAUCCCCCCAGACCAGCAACGUCUCAUCUUCGCCGGCAAGCAGUUGGAAGAUGGACGCACUCUCUCUGACUACAACAUCCAGAAGGAAUCCACUCUUCACUUGGUAUUACGUCUGCGAGGUGGUAUGCAGAUCUUCGUAAAAACCCUGACAGGCAAGACCAUCACAUUGGAGGUUGAGCCCUCGGACACAAUCGAGAAUGUUAAGGCCAAGAUCCAGGACAAGGAAGGCAUCCCACCAGACCAGCAACGUUUGAUCUUCGCCGGCAAGCAGUUGGAAGAUGGACGCACUCUCUCUGACUACAACAUCCAGAAGGAAUCCACUCUUCACUUGGUAUUGCGUCUGCGUGGUGGUAUGCAGAUCUUCGUGAAGACCUUGACAGGGAAAACCAUCACAUUGGAGGUUGAGCCCUCGGACACAAUCGAGAACGUAAAGGCCAAGAUCCAGGACAAGGAAGGCAUCCCCCCAGAUCAGCAACGUCUCAUCUUCGCCGGCAAGCAGCUAGAGGAUGGCCGCACCUUGUCCGACUACAACAUCCAGAAGGAAUCCACACUGCAUCUGGUGCUUCGUCUGCGAGGUGGUAUGCAGAUCUUCGUGAAGACCUUGACCGGGAAGACCAUCACAUUGGAGGUUGAGCCCUCUGACACGAUUGAGAAUGUGAAGGCCAAGAUCCAGGAUAAGGAGGGGGCAUCCCCCCAGACCAGCAACGUCUCAUCUUCGCUGGCAAGCAGCUGGAGGAUGGCCGCACCUUGUCCGACUACAACAUCCAGAAGGAAUCCACACUUCAUCUGGUCCUUCGUCUGCGAGGUGAUCUUCGUAAAAACCCUGACAGGCAAGACCAUCACAUUGGAGGUUGAGCCCUCGGACACAAUCGAGAAUGUUAAGGCCAAGAUCCAGGACAAGGAAGGCAUCCCACCAGACCAGCAACGUUUAAUCUUCGCCGGCAAACAACUGGAAGAUGGACGCACUCUCUCCGACUACAAUAUCCAAAAAGAGUCGACGCUCCACUUGGUGCUUCGCUUGCGUGGUGGCCAA